AUGGCGGCAUUUUUGCUCAGGUCCACGAUCCUUUGGAUCUUGACUAUCCAAGUCCUGUGCAAGGCUGUUAACAGAUCAUCCCUUGUGUCCUACCUAGACAAGCCUCGGGUGUUCAUCCUUUCGUACAUUUCUACCGAACCGGAUGAUCAAGAAUCCUUGACGCGCUAUCUUCUCUACUCCAACCAAUUCCAGACCGAGGGUCUCGUUGCUUCAACAUCCACUUGGCUCCGAGAUGAAACUCACCCAGAGGAUAUGCUGCAGGUGAUCAACGCCUACGGCAAUGUCACGCAAAACCUCAACCAGCACGCUCCUCCUGAUGCACAAUAUCGCUCCGGAGACUACUUCCGGAGUAUUCUGCGCAGUGGGCCUAAGGUUCUCGCCUGGGGCGGUACCAACGUCCUCGCCCAAGUGGUCUACAAAAUCAACCAGAACUUUUCGCCCUCGGAAGCCGCGACUCUGCGCUCUCGGCUCCGUGUGUACGCCAUCUCCGAUCAGGACGACACCGGCGCCUGGAUCCGUCGCAACUACCCCGACAUUUUCUACAUCUCCUCCACCCACGGCUGGAACCAUUACGGCCUUGCUACCUGGAUUGCUAUCUCCGGCGAGACUUACUACGGCGUCGACGAGGGCGGUCCCAACGGAAGCACCGUCACUCAUCAGUGGCUCCGCGACAACAUCCAGAUCUGUCCCUAUGGUAGUGUCGCGUAUCCCAGCUUCAAGUAUAUCAUGGAAGGCGAUACCCCGACUUUCCUGUAUCUCAUCCAGAACGGUCUUGGCGACCCCGAGAACCCCGGGUACGGAUCUUGGGGUGGACGAUACACCAAGGUUGAUCCCUCGACGGAGUGGUCCCUACCCGCGAAUGUCAGCAAGGCGAACCACCACCCCGUUGUUUCGGUCAAUGGAAGCACGGAGUUGAGUCCCUUCAAGGUGACCGCUAUGGUGGGCUCGCCUAUCAGAUUUGAUACAACUGGUACUUAUGAUCCCGAUGGCGAUGAGUUGUCGUACAACUGGUUCCAAUAUCAAGAGCCUGGAUCGGAUGAUUGGAACGUGGCUGGCCAGGUUCCUGCGCUGAACUUGACCGUUUCGGAUAACGGUCAGCGGGUGCAGAUGAACAUUCUCUCUUCCAGCGACAGCUGUAAUGGGAAGGGUGAUAGCCCGUCGGGUUGCUGGUUGUUGCAUUUGAUUUUGGAGGUCAAGGAUAACGGAGCUAAUCCUCUGACGACGUAUCGGCGGGUGUUAAUCCAGGCUACCAACCAGACGAUGUCUUCAUGA